UAUAAUCAAAUGCAGAGUAUUAGGAACACGGAACCAAAGAAAGCAUCCUUAAUCCAACUACUGUUUCUGCAUAUGCGUCCGUUGUUGUAGCUUCACCACCCUAGCUAGCCAGCAAUCCAAUAAGCUAAUUAAACUCAACAUGUCAACCGCCGUAGCAGCAGCAGCAGCAGCCGCCGCAAGAGUCUCAUCUAACCACAGUUCUCAUCAUCGAGUAAUCAGCAAGCAGUGAACCAUCAACGUUGGACACCCUUGUUCCCACCAUCGCCACAACCCGCACUGCUCGUCCCGGCUUUUAGCCGUUAUGAAUCACAGAAGCAACGUGACUGGAACGCGUUCGUGCAGUACCUGAGGAUGCAUCACCCACACUUGCAUCUCUCCCAGUGCAGCGGCGUACACGUUCCCGAGUUCUUGGAAGAUCGGUUCGGGGACACCCAAAACUGCCCCUUUUUGGUGAACCGGCCUGAACCACCACCACCGCCAUGCUCUUGCCCCCUCAAUGAAGCCUGGAGCAGCUUGGACGGUCUGGUCGGACGGCUCCGUGUGGCUUUUGAGGAGAAUAGAGGCCAACCGGUGAUGAACCCUUUCAGUGCUCGAGUUGUAAAGCUGUACCUGAGGGAAGUGAAGGAGUCUCACUCUCAAGCUAAGGCUAGAGGAAACAGCUUAUAGCUUAAAAAACAAAGA